GCAAUUUCAUGUUUACUAGAAUACUGAUCGUGUUGAAUAUAAACCCUUUCCAUAAUUUAUUUCACUUCCAUAAGCGCAUUGUGAGCAACGGUAUCAAGAGAACCUGCGUGAGUUAUCGGACAAUCAGAUAUUGGUGUAUAUAGAGUAAAAAGUCUACCUUCUUUUGUACAGUUUUAAUUGGUACUUUUCGAAUAAAAAAAAUCUCUGAUCGUGCUGCUAAUUUCCAGUACACAUCGGAUACUAUGGACAUCAAACAUUAUCAUGCUUGGACUUUUGCAAUAGCCAAGCUGUUGUAUUUUCUGGUAUGUUCGUUACGGAGUCUGAUUGUUGCUCAAAAUAUCAAUUUUCCAGAUGAAUCCGGUAACUCUAGAUCAGAUCUUACUAGGCAGCAAUCCUUGAACGUAAGCACUGGUAUCAUAAGUGGAAUUCUUACAGACACAGCUCCCCUGCAGACAGGAGUCACGGGUACAACUCAAACAUGUAUAUGCGUUCCAACUGGGCGGUGUAAUUCUACUUCAAUGAACAACGAUGGAUCUGGAAUGUUGGAUAUCCGAAUAGUUACUUCUUCGACAUCCACUGAUGGUACAGGAAUAACACCGAAUAUAGUGACACCAGCUGUUUGUGCAUCAGGUUUAGAACGGUGCUGUGUGUGGGGUGAAUACCAAUGUGGUUUGCGGUUUCAACCGAUUACCUCCUCCGACAGACUACCCGGCGCUGGCCAGGCAGCAUACGGUGAAUUUCCUUGGCAAGCGGUACUUCUUGGACCUGGUGAUAUUUAUGUUGGAUCCGGUGUACUCAUUGAUUCAUUAAACGUUUUGACUGUUGCUCACCGUGUCAGUGAUUAUGUAUCUGGUUCUAGAACACUGAAGGUGCGCAUGGGAGAGUGGGAUGCUUCUUCUGAAUCAGAAGUAUAUCCAGCUCAGCAAUAUACCGUAACUAGGAUUACUAUUCAUCCCAGUUACAGCUCUUCGAAUCUUAAGAAUGAUAUUGCAGUACUUAGACUGUCGUCUGCAGUGAAUCUAGGCACAACUCCAACAAUAACUACUGCUUGUCUGCCCACAACAUCAUUUGUUGGCAGGCGGUGUUGGAUUUCUGGAUGGGGUAAGAACGACUUUGUCAAUGGUGACUACCAAACAAUUCAGAAAAAGGUUGAUGUACCUAUUCGAUCAUCCCAAGAUUGCGAGACUGUAUUAAGAAAUACUAGAUUAGGUGCAUCUUUCCAACUAGACUCUACUAGCUUUGUCUGUGCAGGAGGUGAAUUAGGAAAGGAUGCCUGCACAGGUGACGGAGGAUCUCCACUUGUUUGUCCUCUUGGUGGCCGUUACUUCGUUGUAGGACUAGUUGCAUGGGGCAUUGGUUGUGGAACAUCAAACGUUCCUGGAGUUUAUGUUAACGUGAUUUCUUAUAUACCAUGGAUCUUGAGUACAGCCAAUACAAAUUAAAUGGAAUGUUGUCAUUGUUAUUUGUUAUAUU